CAUUGUGAUCUCUGUCCUUGUCAGAGUGGACAGCUGUCAUACAAUUGUUAUACGAAGUUGUUUUUUUUAUUGAAAAUCCCUCAUUUAACAAGAAUUAAUAGGUGGAAACAUGUCCUAUGCUUAUCUAUUUAAAUAUAUUAUAAUUGGAGACACAGGUGUGGGUAAAUCCUGCCUGCUGCUUCAGUUCACUGAUAAAAGAUUCCAGCCAGUUCAUGACUUGACUAUUGGAGUAGAAUUCGGGGCCCGAAUGAUUACUAUUGAUAGUAAACAAAUCAAACUACAGAUCUGGGACACUGCUGGCCAGGAAGCAUUUAGAUCCAUAACGAGAUCAUACUACAGAGGAGCUGCUGGAGCUCUGCUAGUUUAUGACAUCACCCGAAGGGAAACUUUCAACCAUUUGACUACUUGGUUGGAUGAUGCCCGACAGCAUUCAAAUUCCAAUAUGGUCAUAAUGCUCAUUGGCAACAAAAGCGAUUUAGAGUCAAGGAGGGAAGUGAAACAAGAGGAAGGUGCGGCUUUCGCCAGAGAGCACGGAUUGGUAUUCAUGGAAACGUCUGCAAAGACCGCCGCCAAUGUUGAGGAAGCUUUUAUCAACACUGCCAAGGAAAUCUACGAAAAAAUUCAGGAGGGCGUCUUUGAUAUCAACAAUGAGGCAAACGGAAUCAAAAUCGGCCCUCAACAUUCUCCCACUAAUCCAUCGUUGCCGGGAGCAGGAGGAUCGGGUGGAUCUCAAGGUUCAAGCUGCUGUUAAAGAAUUAGCGUAAGAUGAAUGUAACGUAAAUUGUAAUAUUCUAAAGCCCUUUAUUUGGCUUAAGACAGAACGUUGUCUUUUUAUUACAUAAGUUAUCGUGGUCAGAAAGUCAGAAAAUUCUUACAUGAUUGACAAAUUCUAAUUUAUGUAAUAAAAUGUACAACUCUUGUGAUUUUCCAAAUGUUUUAUAUAGAUACUUUGUGUUACCCAAUAAUCCUACUUUUAGUUUUGGUCGACUUUGAUUUAGAGCUGCCUUCGUACUUCUAAAUAUCAAAAAAAAUCAAAUGGUACAUUAUACGUAUGUUUCAUAUAAUAUAAGUGGAUUGUUUCGUGCAAGUUUGCUCUUUGUUUAGUGUCUGGUGGUUUCUUCGCAUAUUCUGACUAUGUAAUUAUUCGUCAAGUUUUCAGUAUAUUAUCAAUAUAAAGCACUUUUCAAUAUUUAAUUUAAAUAUACAAGUCUUGAAAAGCUCAUAAGAUGAUGGACAUUCAAACAGAAACUAGGUUCUACUCACAGGUGGUAACGAAAAGGUGAUUUAAGGAAAACUUAUGUAGCUAGUCGUGCAAUUGAGUUUUUAUGUAUGAAUAUGCUUAAUCCUAUAAUUAAUAAAAUUGUAUUUAAAAUC